AUGGCAGACAACAGAUAUUCUAACAAGCAAUAUACUGCAGACUUCAGCCACGAUCGGGCUUCUUCCGGCUUGGACAUGAUGUUCCAGUACCUGCAGUCCAACUCGAUCACUCCCACAAGCUACUUCACGGUCCGACCGACCGAGGUGACGAAGUCUGAGAAUGGCUCCGUCUCCUCCUCACACGAGUCCAAUAAUGAUGACGAUGAGCCGGAGAAACCGCCUUCUCAAGGCCCUUUGGGUCGACCCAAGGGAAACGACGAUGUCAUCCUGGACCGGAAGCAGUUUCUCAGCGCUGGGCUUCAGUCAACCCGAGGACUGAGUAAAUGCACUUGGUUGUGCUCGGGAGACUCCACGUUGAUCUCCUUUCUGUUCAAGAGGCUUCCUCCCUUGGACAACCCGCUUCAAGCGCAUAUAUCACCGUUUGACCGUCUUGACCAAAAUGUGCAAGGUGCUGCGUUCCCCCUCGCUCUCUACGCCGUGCUACAAAGCCUCCCCCUUUUUGACGAGGACGAUGUCCAUAUAUUUCAGUUUGCUGGAACCGAGCAAGGUAUAGCAGCACUCUGGGUCCGACAGGUAUGGUACUUCAUCUUCUUAGGAGGGACGCAGUUAGAGGAAUUGCGUCGCGAGUGGCCCGUUGUCUCUGGUACCAACAUGAUGGCCGGAGCUUGA